CUCGGGAAGGUGGGCAGUUGGGGAGCUUUGAUGAAGGCUGAGAAAAGCGGUGGCCAUGGAAGGAGUCCUUCCCUCACGAACUCCUCGUGCUCCACGCUCAUCUCCUUCGCUCCGCUCCGCUCCGCUGCUAGGGUUAGGGUUACGGUUUCGUUGGAGGGGCGGGGACGAUGGGGAGGGACGGGGCGCUGCAAGCGUGCCUGGUGGCGCUGGCGGCGGUGGUGAUCGUUGUCGGGGCCUGGACCUUCUCCUUCAAGAAGAUGAUGGCCACCUACUUCUUGGGCCUCCUGGGGAUCGGCGGUAUCCUCCUGCCCGACUGGGAGUUCUUCGAUCGGGACUUCUCGCAGUGGUUCACUCCGUUGCCGGCCCGGAGAGGGACGCACUCUAAUGUGGACCCGGAUGCUUUCAGAUUUAAAUUUUAUCCCGUCAGGGUUGCUGUGAUCGCUAUAAUUUAUGGCUUUGGCCUGUACAAGUGGUGGAUGUUUGUAAUCAGCUAGUUGUUUGAGCUUCUUCAUGGUGUCUCAUUCAUGCUUCUCAACACUAAAAAUUAUUCUGUUGCAACUUCCAGAAUUCUAUUGGGUGUAUCUACAGUUAUAACGUAUCUAUUUUACACAAACUCUAUCAGAGAAACUAUAAAUCUCUGGAUCAUAUCAAGGUGAUUAUUACCUUUUAUUCUUCUAUUUA